GCACGGCGCCGUGUUUAUAGUCAGACUGCAGACUGAGCGGAGGAGACGGUGUGUGUACCUGCGUGUUUAUCGGACUAACGACGCUGCCCGGACACCUCUCUGUCGACGGAGGACGUUAGUUAACCGACUGUCUGGCCUUUAACGGAAGAAUUAGAGGGAAAUCCUCGGUUUCCCGCUGACAUGAAGGUGAAUUACAGCGACCACAACAACGCGGUGCGUGUGUGCGUGAUGAGCGGCUGAGGAGGAGGAGGAGGAGGAGACGGAGGCUGCGGUCUGAAACCUGAUUUUUAUCCUGGAUAUUUCCAAUGAAACGUCGUUGUAAACACACAAGGUGUCUGUGUUGAUUUAUCAAGUCGUACUGCGCCUCUUUCCAUCCCGAUUUAACGCGUUUUGAGGGGUUUUCUGCCUCCCGAGGAUCCUCCAGCAGCAGCGGGACGUCGGACUGUUUUUCCUCCAGAUAUGGAGCGUGAAGAUGCGGAUUACAGAGGAAUCCCCGCCGCUGCAAGUUUAGCCGCAUUGGUUUCAGCCUUCACGUCAGUGCGGUGCUGUUUUUGGCAAGAAUAAAGAAAACUAUGAGUGCAUAUGUUCUGCCCAGAGGAAUGAAUCGGUGAUUUCAGAGCACCACUGGACUCUACCCCUGCUAUCCUGCAUGUAGCUGCUGUUAGCUGCAUUAGCCGGCUAACAGCUACAAGGUGCUGGCUGCACAUUAAAACGAUUUUUUCCUGCAGGAAUUCUGAGCAGUUUUUGCCCACGUUUCCUCCCCGUGGCUUAUUUAUCUGCAGGAUUUGGGAGGAUUUACUCAUCCAGGAAUGAGGUCUCGAGUGGAAAGGAUCCGCUUGACCUUGUUUUGGGGUCUGAUGCUGGGUCUGUCGUCCUGCCUCCGGCCCGCCACCGCAGAGAUAUGUGGUCCCAGCAUCGACAUCGGCAAUGACAUCAGUGAAUUCCGGCGACUUGAGAACUGCACGGUGGUGGAGGGCUACCUGCAGAUCCUCCUCAUCGGUGACAAGAACAACAACAACAUCAACCAGGAAGUCUUCCGCUCCCUGAGCUUCCCCAAGCUGACCAUGAUCACCGACUACCUGCUGCUGUUCCGGGUGUCCGGCCUGGACAGUCUGAGCGCGCUCUUUCCCAACCUCACCGUCAUCCGCGGCCAGAAGCUCUUCUACAACUACGCCCUGGUGAUCUUUGAGAUGACCAGCCUGAAGGACAUCGGCCUGUUCAACCUGAGGAACAUCACACGCGGCGCCAUCCGCAUCGAGAAGAACCCGGAGCUGUGCUACCUGGACUCCAUCGACUGGUCCCUCAUCAUGGACGCCGAGUUCAACAACUACAUCGCCGGGAACAAGCAGUCCAAGGAGUGCAGCGACGUUUGUCCGGGCAUCAUGGAGAACAGCCCGCAGUGCAGGAAGACCAUGUUCAACGACAACUACAACUACCGCUGCUGGAACUCGAACCACUGCCAGAAAGAAUGCUCAGAGAGGUGCGUCGGGCAGGUGUGCACGGCGGACGGCGAGUGCUGCCACCCUCAGUGCCUCGGCAGCUGCACAGCUCCCGAUAGCGACACGGCGUGUGCGGCGUGCGUGCAUUACUACCACCAAGGUCGCUGCGUGGAAGACUGCCCCCCCGGCACCUACAAGUUCGAAGGCUGGCGUUGCAUCAGCGAGGAUCUCUGCUCCAAAGUCCACCUCCCGGAUUACGACAGCUUCGUGAUCCACGGCGGGGAGUGCAUGUCUGAAUGCCCCCCCGGGCACACACGCACGGCGCCCAACAGUAUGUUCUGUUCAGCCUGUGAUGGUCUUUGUGAUAAAGUCUGCGAUGAGAAGGUCAUCGACUCCAUGGACGCCGCUCAGUCUCUCAAAGGCUGCACGGUUAUCAAAGGCAACCUGCACAUCAACAUCCGCCGAGGCCACAACAUGGUGGCGGAGCUGGAGAGUUUCACAGGUUUGAUCCAGAGGGUGACGGGCUACGUCCGGAUCAGACACUCCCACACUCUGAGCUCCCUGGCCUUCCUCCGCAGCCUCCGAUACAUCGAUGGAGAAGACCUCCUGGACGACAUGUACGCCUUCUCAGCGUUCGACAACCAGCAGCUCCAGUACCUCUGGGACUGGAAGCAGCACAACCUCACCAUCAAGUCGGGGAAGCUGUUCUUCCGAGCCAACCCAAAACUCUGCAUGUCCGAGAUCCGCAAGAUGUGGGAGAAGACGGGCAUCCAGGGCCGCUUUGAGGACAGCGAUUUCAGAAACAACGGCGACAGAGCCAGCUGCGAGAGCGCCAUCCUGAAGUUUAAGUCCAACAGCACCAGCAGCACGAGGAUCAAACUGACCUGGCAGCGCUACCGUCCCCGAGACUACAGAGACCUCAUCAGCUUCAUCGUCUACUACAAAGAGGCGCCUUUUCAGAACAUCACAGAGUUUGAGGGCCAGGAUGGCUGCGGUUCCAACAGCUGGAACAUGGUGGACGUGGAGCUGAGGCCGGACAAGGACUCGGACCCGGGCGUCCUGCUGUCCGGCCUGAAGCCCUGGACGCAGUACGCCGUGUUCGUCAAGGCCAUCACACUCAUGGUGGAGGACAAACACAAGGGCGCCAAGAGCAAGGUGGUCUACAUCCGGACCAGCCCCUCAGCGCCCUCCAUGCCUCAGGAUGUGAGAGCAUACUCCAACUCGUCCACACAGCUGGUGGUGCGCUGGUCUCCUCCCAUCGCCCCCAACGGGAACCAGACCUACUACCUGGUCCGCUGGCAGCAACAAGCUGAGGACCGAGAGCUGUAUCAGCACAACUACUGCUCCAAAGAGCUGAAGAUCCCCAUCCGGAUCGCUGCCAUCGGUGUGGGAGACCAGGAGGAGGACACCAAGCCCACCAAGCCGGACCCCGACGGGCCGGACAAAGGCCCCUGUUGCCCCUGCCCCAAAUCAGUCGAGGACAUCGAGGCCGAAGCUGCCGACGCCUCGUACAGAAAAGUCUUUGAAAACUUCCUGCACAACUCCAUAUUUACACCCAGGCCGCCAGAUCGUCGCCGCAGAGAUGUCUUCGGCAUCGCCAACUCCACUCAUCCCCGCCGCAACCGCCCGCACACCAACAGCAGCGCGGUCCCUCCGCUGCAGGCAGCCGGUAACGGCAGCACGGCGGACACGGAGCCGGCGGAGAGAGAGUACGAAUUUGUGGAGCAAGCUGUGACGGAGCGGGAGCUGCAGAUCCUCGGCCUGCAGCCGUUUACGGUUUACCGCAUCGACAUCCACGCCUGCAACCGACAGGUCCAACGCUGCAGCGCCGCGGAGUUCGUCUUCUCCAGGACGAAGCCGGCAGAAAAAGCAGACGACGUCCCCGGUCCGGUGACCUGGGAGGGCCACGAGGACUGGGUGUUUCUCCGCUGGCCAGAGCCGCGUCACCCCAACGGACUCAUCCUCAUGUACGAGAUCAAGUUCAAACUGGCUUCUGAGGCAGAGAAGCACGAGUGUGUCUCCGGUCAGACGUAUCAGGCGCAGCGUGGCGUCCGCCUGUCCAACCUCAGUCCAGGAAACUACUCGGUCAGAGUGAGGGCGACGUCACUGGCUGGUAACGGCUCCUGGACGCAGCCUCUGGAUCUCUAUGUGGCUGAACGAUAUGAAAACGUCCUAUACGCUAUAAUCUUCGUCCCCAUCGCCGCCGUCAUCUUGAUCUGCAUCCUGGCGUCGAUGCUGAUCGUCCUCAACAGGAAAAGGAACAGUGAUCGUCUUGGAAACGGCGUCCUGUACGCCUCUGUUAACCCCGAGUACUUCAGCGCUGCAGAAAUGUACGUCCCCGAUGAGUGGGAGGUGGCGAGGGAGAAGAUCGCUCUGAGCCGCGAGCUCGGUCAGGGCUCCUUCGGCAUGGUGUACGAGGGCCUGGCGAAGGGCGUGGUCAAGGACGAGCCAGAGACCCGCGUCGCCAUUAAGACCGUCAACGAGUCGGCGAGCAUGAGGGAGAGGAUCGAGUUCCUGAACGAGGCGUCCGUCAUGAAGGAGUUCAACUGUCACCACGUGGUGCGUCUCCUGGGCGUGGUGUCUCAGGGUCAGCCCACGCUGGUCAUCAUGGAGCUGAUGACUCGAGGAGAUCUGAAGAGUUAUUUACGUUCCCUUCGACCCAAAGAGCAGCAGUGGUCGAGUCUCUCUCUCCCUCCCCUGAAGAAGAUGCUGCAGAUGGCCGGGCAGAUUGCCGACGGCAUGGCCUACCUCAACGCCAACAAGUUUGUGCACAGAGACCUGGCGGCCAGGAACUGCAUGGUGGCCGAGGACUUCACCGUCAAGAUAGGAGAUUUCGGUAUGCCAGAGACAACCAGAGACAUCUAUGAGACGGAUUACUACCGUAAAGGUGGGAAAGGUUUGCUCCCCGUGCGCUGGAUGUCCCCCGAGUCUCUGAAGGACGGAGUGUUCACCACCACGUCGGAUGUCUGGUCGUUCGGGGUCGUGCUGUGGGAGAUAGCCACUCUGUCGGAGCAGCCGUACCAAGGUCUGUCCAACGAGCAGGUGCUCCGCUUCGUCAUGGAGGGAGGCCUGCUGGAGAAACCACAGAACUGCCCCGACAUGCUGUUCGAGCUCAUGCGGAUGUGUUGGCAGUAUAAUCCUAAGAUGCGUCCGGCCUUCGUUGAGAUCAUCAGCAGUUUGAAGGACGAGUUGGAGCCGUCGUUCAGAGAGGUCAGUUUCUUCUACAGCGCUGACAACAAGCCGCCCGACGCCCAGCACCACCACCUGGACAAGAUGGACAACAUGGACACCGUUCCUCUGGACCCCGCCUCCUCCUCCUCUCAGCCGCAGCAAACGACGGUCCCCCAACAGACCCCGCCCUCCCCGAGCUCCCAGAGCACUGAGGCUCCGCCCACCCCCUCAUUGGCACCCGGCUCCCCCUCCUCUCCCUGUACGUCGACCGCCGCCGCCAUGGACAAGCAGCCGUCUGGUCAGCAGGCGGCCAACGGGCUCUCGGGGGCGGGCCACGCUGCGGCGUCUGUGCGGCCGUCUCUGGACGAGCUGCCGCCGUACGCGCACAUGAACGGAGGACGCAAAAAUGAACGCGCCAUGCCUCUCCCGCAGUCCUCCGCCUGCUGAUCUGACAGACACAUCCACCUGACUGCACCCCUGGCCCCGCCCCCUUCUCGCCUCAGUGGGUGGGAUCUUUUUUUUUUUUUUUAACCACGCCCCCAGCUGAGCGCCACCCGGUGAGGAGAAGAGACUCACAGGAAGGUGGAGAGCGCCGUCACUGAGUCCAUGUCCUGCUGCUCCUUCACACACUUCUCUCUCAUGGUUCUAGUUUCGGUUUCCACCAGCGGGCACGCCGCCCUCGCCGCCGAGAGGGGGACGAGCGGGAAAACGAAGAAGAAAGAAAUUAGCGGGAGAUCUGACUCCCUCGUCAUGGCUGAACUUAUUUUAUAAAUUGUUGUUUGUUACUUUUUUUACAUGUAUUUCCAAACGGGGAAAACAAAAUGUGUAGGCCUUUAUGAAUGAACGGCGUUUUGGUCGCUUUAGGGGCGGGGCAUUAAGUUAAAAUUGUUGAGCAUAUCUUAAAAAAAAAAAAAAAAGCACUUCAGUCGUCUGAGAGAAACGACCAGAGAGACAAAUCUGCCAAAUGUUUUGCCAAAAUUCUCCUUUUUUUUUGUAAAAGUUUCUCGUCUACAGUUCUCGCCCUGAAACUCUAAAAACACCGCCGACUAAAACACGGGCGCAACACGACCUUUGACGCCAUUCUCAAAAAUGUCUGAGGACACUCCUCCUCGUUUUGCCUUUUGAUAUCUCCAGCUCCUGUUCUCGAUUUAAAACGACCGUGUCAUGGGACCUUUGUUUCCAUCUGAAGUCUUAUCCUCUCACAAAGUGCUGUUCUGUUUCGGUUUAACCGACUUAAUCCAGUCUACAACCAAGCAAAAAAAACAACAAAAAACAAAGAUGGCCGACGAAGGGGACGGCAGAAAAGGAAGUAUGAACACUUUAUCUGUAACGGCCUCUCGGUCGGGGAGCGUCCCUGUUGACUCGUCUUUAGUCUCCACAUGGUCGACGCACCACUUGUUGUUUGUGUCACUUUUUCUAACUUUUCUACGGUUGGAGACGUUCAUCAUGUACAGAAAGAAGCUGCUAUUCCUGAUUUCUCUUGUGGUUGUAAUAUAGUUCAUAUCUAUAUAUAUAUAAAAAAAUAUAUAUAUAUAAAAAGAGAAAAAAAAACUCCUUCAGGUCCGAUCAGACGUUUCCACUACAGUCCUGUUUUUUUAUUUUUUAAAUGCUUGUCACUGUGUCUCUGAGCUGCUUUCAUUUCUCUGUGUUCCCGUGUGAAGGUGCGACAGUUUGGUAACUCUCCCUCACGACGCUCUCAUGUCGCUUGGGACGCUUCGACCCCUCUCUCUCUCUCUCUCUCUCUCUCUCUCUCUCUCUCUCUCUCUCUCUCUCUCUCUCCUCUGAGGGGCGAGGCGUCACAGCUGAGGCCCAACUCAAUCUCAGGUCAAAGAGAAAAGUUGAAUCCUUUUCUGCUCCCCUUUUCCCCCUUUAGUCAUAUUCGUGUGUGUGUGUGUGUGUGUGUGUGUGUGUGUGUGUGUGUGUGUGUGUGUGUGUGUGUGUGUGUGUGUGUGUGUGUGUGUGUGUGUGUGUGUGUGUGUGUGUGUGUGUGUGUGUGUGUGUGUGUGUGUGUGUGUGUGUGUGUGUGUGUGUGUGUGUGUGUGUGUGUGUGUGUGUGUGUGUGUGUGUGUGUGUGUGUGUGUGUGUGUGUGUGUGUGUGUGUGUGUGUGUGUGUGACUCCCUGACUCUCUCAUUCGAUCUCCUUUGAUCAGGAGGCGUUCCUCUGUUAGUUUAGGCGGGAACAUCGCUUCCUUAAAACCAUCUGAAACAGGAAGUGGGGGGGGGGGUGGGGGGGUCUCUGGUUCUCACCUGUUCCUUGUACUUAAUGUAUGGAGGCCCGACAGUGACAAUCAGAAGGUCAUCAGAAAAGUCAAAGCUGCUGCUGCUUUUUUUAUUCCAAUCGAUCCAAAGACUGAAGUUUGUUCCUCCGCCCGUGGUUUUUUAAAAAACAUUAAAGUAUUUAUUUCACCGCUCUGUUGAAACGCCCGUCGCUCUUUUUUAAGUUUUUUUUUUAACUGCGUCAUCUCUCCGUCUUCUUGGACUCAGAGACUGUAGAGAACAUGGACGUACACUCAGUGACGUCACUCAUUGGGUUCUGAGUUUGGAAGCUGAAUGAUGAAAAAGAGGCGGAGCUGAGGCGAACCUAUCACACUGCUGUAAUGCGAUCACCUGUCAGUCAACCAAGCCACGCCCCUAAUUAUUCAAAUGUGUCAAGACAAGAGUUCACUUCUCGUAAAACGCCCCUCCUCAAAGUGCAAGCCGGCUGUGAUUGGCCCGCCAACGUAGCCUCAUAUUUCCAGCAUCGCUGUCGUUUUCAAAAUUCUGCAGGAGGAGGAACGCUACAAACCGGUUAAACCAGCUGCUGCUCGCCCGCCAUUCAUCAGCGUCACGUCCAUCAUGACACGGCUCGGUUAGUUGCCAUGGUUACCUGAACACAAACGAGCAGCGAUAUUCAAACAAGCAUAGAAAUGCAGACUGACAGCGAGCGGUCGUAGGGCGGAGAAUUUGCAGAUCUACGCAGACACAUGUAGAGCUCACGAUGGCGUUGAUUCCAUCGCCGAAGUUUAAAACCGUGCUUCGAUGCGUUUAGCGGCGUUCACUUCUUCUGUACAAGACGACCAUCGAAUGCAGCCAGAGUAAAGUUUGUUUAUCAGAAAAUCUGCAAGAAAUCACAUUUUAAAAAAGUCCAGAGUCAGACGGGGAACGUUCAGAAGAAGUCUAAAAACUGCAGAUUUCCACAAAGUCUGUGCGCACUGCAUCCGCCAGCGCCGCGGUUAAGCUCCAUCGGACCGUGUGCGUCCUUGUCUGACUUCCUGUCUGGGUCGAUCUAUUCUGUCCAGCUUGACACGUGCCAGCAGCGAGCAUAUUUGAAACAGAGAGCUGCUGCACGCUCUGGAGUCCGACCGCGGCGCUCGCUGUGGAUAGUGAACGGCGCCGUAGUGCACAGCGCUGACACACCGCGGCGUUCACUGACUGUGGAAAUUGGCAGCUAAGAAUGUUUAAAUCUUAUAUUUCUAUGAUCUCCAGCAGUUUGAUUCAACUUUUCUGAUGACCUUUUUGUCACACUUCCAUCGUCUCGUGCAUGUUUUUUAUCACGCCUGGUUUAGGGUACUAAGUAAACGUGUGAGGUCGUUCUGAUGGCGUGCUGCGGGAACAGUUCACUCUCCGUUUUCCAACAUUUAAACUUUUGAGUAUGGGUGAGUUUGGUUGAGGGAUGAGUGGAAUUAUCUGACAGCACUGAGACGUUACACAAACGCUGAGGAAGCUCCUCGCCGUCGAUCAGAGAGAGAUCCCGCCACACAGAGGUUAUUAAAGUUCAAUGAAGGCGAGUACGAUCGGAGAGGAGCGCGUGGGACAGACGGCUCCUUCACCUCAGAUAUCCUCACGUUUUUAUUUGUGAAUCACUAAGAAUCCUCCGCUCGUUUCUUUGUCCCUUUUGAUUUUUAGGGGGAAGGUUUUGUUUUCCCUUCAACCAUCCAUCUACCUCACUGUUGUUGUUGUUGUUGUUUGUUUGUUUUUCUCUCGAUUUAUUUACAUGUUCAGAAAACACACACAAAACUUCUCAUCUCUGAUGUCCGGCUCAAAUUCAAACCACAAACCGAACCAUCCUGAAGGG